GUUUUAUUUAUACCCCGUUCAUACUGACGAUAAAACACGUUUUAACUGUUGUAUUUUAAACGCGUUUAAAAUUUUACUGUUCUCACCAAGUUUAAAAUUGGUUUUAAUUUACACGCGCGACGAAAAAAGCCGUUUAUAUAAAACAAGCUCGGUGAGGUUGUUUUGUUUGUGUUUUAUUAUCCUGAACUGUGUAUUUAAAUGGCGGAAGAAAAAACUGUUGCUGAAGAAAAAGUUAAAUCUAAAAAAAGAGGUAGACAUUGGGAUGACGAGGAAACAAAAAUACUAAUUAGUAAAUGGUCUGAAGAUAAUAUUCAAGAAAAGUUAAAGUCAUGCACAAGAAAAAAAAAGAUUUGGCAAGAAAUUUUGCUAUACUUGCAAGCUUCUGGUUAUGAAGACAGAGAUGAAGAAAUGUGUAAAACAAGAAUUCACACAUUAACAAGUGCAUAUCGAAAUUACCUAGAUAAUAAACGAAAUACAAGUGGAACUGGUCCUUCGAAAAAACCUUCCUGCUUUGAUGAAAUUGAUAAGGUUCUUAGUGAUAAACCAACGACAUUACCAACAUUUUUGAAAAGUUCUUCAGGAACGAAUGUUUUAGUUGAAGAAACUGCACAUUUGAAUAGUUUAAAUAAUUGUGUUAAUGAGUUAAACUGUGAACAUAUUGAUAUUGAAGUUGUUCCAUCAAGUUCUAAAUCACAAGAGUUGGUAAAAAAAGAUAAAAGUUUUUACUUUAAAAAAUCCAAAAAGAAAAAAUCAAGAAGUGAUGUAAUGUUUGAGCAAAUAAAUGCCACUGUUAACACGUUUAUGACCUCGCAGGCUGAUAUUGAUCGUAAAAUUUUAGAUUGCCUUUUAGAAAAUCACAAAGAACAAGAACCAAAUGUUAUAUUAAAAGUUCGCCAAGCUGGAGAUAUAUAUUUCAUUGAAAUAGAAUUUUUGUUGACAGAUUUGACUCUAGAAAAACUUACAAGCACAAUAAAAGAGGAAUUUACAAUUGAAAAUAAUGCCACUUUAUUGAUUACCAAGUUACCAAAUGUACUUAUCCGAAAUGAUAAGGAUGUUAAACGUCUCAAAAGUGGGGCUGAAAUUGAAUUUUUGAUUGUAAUGAAAAAAAACUAAAACUAUUUUUUUGUAAUGUUAUUUUGUUUUUCAAGAUAAAAAAUAUAAAUUUUUAAA